GAGAGGAGAGCCGGGCGGCGUCCGCAGUGGCCGGAGCCGAGUCUGGGGGCGCGCGGUGGGGUCUCCACGGGGCCAGGAUUGUGUGCAUGCGAUGCCUGCCUUUUCAAAGGAAGAAAUGCUGGCCCAAACUUUGUUUGUGUCUGCCCCAGGGAAAGUUAUACUUCAUGGUGAGCAUGCGGUGGUCCAUGGCAAGGCUGCUUUGGCUGUGGCUGUGAACUUGAGAACCUUCCUUAAGAUGGCCCCUCGGAAUGACGGCAAAGUCUCAGUAGAGCUCCCAAAUGUUGGGGCCAGGCUGUGCUGGGAAACCUCGGAACUCCAGCCGUUGGUAGUGGCAUUCUCUGCUGACCAGACUGAAUCUCAGCCCCCCAGCCCAGAACAAAUAGAGAAGCUGAAAGAGUUUGCAGGGUUCACCAACAGAGCUGCAGCCACUCAAAGCCUCGCUACCCUCGCGUUUCUCUACUUAUACCUGUCCAUCGCAUCCAAAUGUGGGUUCAUGCCGAGUGUGGACAUCUUGGUGUGGUCCGAGCUGCCUACUGGGGCUGGGUUAGGCUCCAGUGCUGCGUAUUCGGUCUGUCUGGCCGGAGCCUUGCUUUCUGGCUGCCGAGUCAUCAGUUACCCCCUGGAGGAGGGCCAGUCUGUGGGCAGGUGGCCCGAAGAAGAGCUGGCUGUGAUCAACAGCUGGGCCUUCCGAGGAGAACAGGUUAUCCACGGGAACCCGUCCGGGGUGGACAAUGCAGUGGGCACCAGGGGUGGAGCUCUACGGUACCAGGCGGGGAAAAUAUGCUCUUUAAAAAGUGUCCCCACAUUAAGGAUUUUACUGACCAACACCCUGGUUCCUCGGAGCACCAAAGUCCUGGUGGCAGGAGUGAAAGACAAGCUUAUGAAGUUUCCUGCUAUAAUGGAGCCAGUUCUCACAUCCAUAGAUGCCAUUUCGCAGGAGUGUGAACGUGUUCUUGAAGCAAUGGCUGCACGUCCAUCACUGGAGCACUACCCUGUACUAGAGGAACUCAUUGAUGUAAACCAGCAUCUCCUGAGCGUGGUGGGUGUGGGCCACUCCUCGCUGGACCAGGUCUGCCAGGCCACCGCCUCGCACGGGCUGCACAGCAAACUGACGGGGGCCGGCGGAGGGGGCUGCGCCAUCACCUUGCUGCGGCCAGACACAGCCCCGUCGGUCGUGGAAGCAGCUAUACGAGACCUCAGCGACUGUGGCUUUGAAUGCUGGGAGACGGACAUUGGGGCCCUCGGAAUAUGUGCGCAUUCGCCGCAGUCCCUCAAGGCGGAAGUGCUGAAGGUUUUCAAUGGGAAGUAAAGGUGGCAAGAAAAGUGAUCUCCUGCAAAUCGGUUUGGAGGCGUGGCUUGGAUGACCGAUGCCCUUCUAGGCCCAUCAUAGAUUGAUGGGAUCUCUUUGAUGGUUUUCAGCUGGAUUUAAUUGGACUGUGGGCCGGCUUGAAACAUGGCGCAGUAACGGAAAUGGGCCUUGCUUGUGGAAGUCUUGAGGUUGCUAUCCUGUGCCAUACCUGGGUGGUGGCGGCACACCAUUUGUGUGGCUUGAAGAGCUGGGGCUGGGGGCUGGCGUAGGGUGGGGCCAGCUGGGUGUUUCAGUAGCAGAGCCCCUCUUUUCUGGGCUGUUUACAUCUUUCUGGAUCCCUCAAGAUUUGGCUGCUUUCUUUGCUCUCCUUUGCCUCUGGGCUGCGAAGACUCCCUCCUCCUUCGGAGUCACUUGUGUUUGGGGUUGAACUAAUGGAUUGGCCCAGGUGAGGCUGAAAGUCCCGCUGCACUGUUACACAGAAGCACGGGGUGGUAUCUGACUCAUGCAGGCUGCAGGGGCGGGUGGGGGAGGGUGCUUAAGUUCUGCCCUGCUGCCACCUGCCCCAUUGCUAUAUUUCCCAUAAGAGGUCUGGUAACCCUUGCAGAGGAAAGCACUGAACAGAGAAUGGGUUAAGUACUCCUUCCGCCUGCCCCAGGGCUCUCCAUAGCCUUUCAGUGGGGUGGAGAAUGAAUGUUCUUGCCUCAAAGGUCACUCUAGGCAGCCACUUAGGUGGUGCAAGAUCAAGGCAGUUAACAUUCCGGGCCACUCUGUGCCGUCGCUUGGUGUUUCUCUUAGACGUUUUCAAAACAGCUGCUUCUGACCAACAAGUCCAGGAUUGGAGGGUGUUUCUGUGUGCGAAUUGGGGUACAGCCUUGCGGUCAGGCCCAGGAAAUAUUCCAUUACAGUACUUGGAGGUGGGGAGGGGCAGUUGCAAUUAGGCACAGGGUGAAAAAUGAAAUGCCGUGCCUUAACUUUUUUGUUUCUGUAAAUCAUUCUUAUGAUGUUGCUUGUCUGAGUUUUGGGGAACAGCAGAAGUUAAGGGUGCAAGUUUUAAUUUUUUUCUGUACUGUUUAAUUAGCUAAGAGAGCCAGAUUUGUGUAGUGGUUAAGAGCAGCAGGAUUCUAACCUGGAGAGCCGGGUUUGAUUCCUCACUCCUCCACUUGACGCCAGCUGGGAGACCUUGGGUCAGUCACAGCUCUCUCGGAGCUCUCUCAGCCCCACCCACCUCACAGGGUGUUUUGUUGUGGGGAUAAUAAUAACAUACUUUGUAAACUGCUCUGAGUGGGUGUUUUCCUGAAGGGUGCUAUAUAAAUCAAAUAUUAUUAUUAAGACUUGAUUUGUGGGGCUGAUUUUAAUCGAUGGAGAUGGUUGUUCUUAUCUGUUGUUUCAACAGGGAAUUUUAAAAACCCAAAAUCUUAAAGAUGACCUUCUACCAACGAGCAGUAAUGUCAAUUCACUAACUUGUUAUCCUUUAGUGACUUCCUCAAGGACCCACCUGUAUUGAAGACUUGGUGACCUGGGUUUUGAACAGAACACACGGGAUGCAGAAAGUCAGGUGGUGAUGCAAAGGGUGCUGUCAGCAAUCCAGGCUGCAACUCUGAUUUGGGAAGUGUAUAGCUUGGCAGCUGAGAAUCGGAGUGUUUUGCACAGUGGCCCUUGAGGAAGCCUAAAGCAAGUGAGAGUAGCUGCCCCAUCUGCAGUGCGGGCACCUUGCUGAGCCGCCUCUCCAGGGUGCCAUAAGCAUCGCAGCAGAAAUGCUGCAUAAAGCACGUUGAAAGUGGUCUAUAAAUGCUGGAUACGGAUCACCCUUGCAUUUCUUGUCAGGUGAGAGCCUAUUGGAGUUUUUUGCUGCUUUAAUUAGGUGGCUGCUGGACACCAGGUGGCAGCAGAGAUCCACCUUUCUGACAGAGUCCCUUUAAAUCUUCAG